UGUACGUCUCUCUUUUAAUGGAGAGAACGAAACUCUUAAAUUCCAUCCCCGCUUCUUAGUUCUCAACAUUCUCUGUGCCUCCUUCUGCCAGCACGAUUUUCGAGGUCGAUUCUUCUGUCUCUUCCUCUUCAUCUCCCUCUCCCUCGCCUCGAAGAUAAAGUUGUUUGCCUUUGAUAUUCAGGCGUAAAAUUUGCUUCUAUGAAGACUGAGAAAAUACUGGUGACAAAUUCAUUAAUAGAGAAAAUGACUUCAGCAAAGAUGGCUGAUAGAAAGGCCAUGCUUGAUAUUGCUUCAUGGAUGUUUAAUGUUGUCACAUCUGUUGGAAUAAUUCUUGUCAACAAAGCCUUGAUGGCGAAAUAUGGUUUUACCUUUGCUACAACAUUAACUGGUCUGCAUUUUGCCACAACAACCUUGUUGACCGUUGUUCUUAGGAGGCUGGGAUAUAUUCAGGCUUCUCAUCUACCAUUUUCUGAACUUUUGAAAUUUGUUAUAUUUGCAAAUUUUUCCAUAGUUGGGAUGAAUGUGAGUUUAAUGUGGAAUUCUGUGGGAUUCUAUCAGAUUGCGAAGCUGAGUAUGAUCCCGGUAUCUUGUUUUCUGGAAGUUGUCUUGGACAAGAUGCGAUACUCAAGGGACACUAAACUUAGCAUAAUGGUAGUCCUCCUUGGUGUUGCAGUUUGUACUAUUACUGAUGUGAGUGUCAAUGCAAAGGGUUUUAUAGCGGCUUUAGUGGCAGUUUGGAGCACUUCGCUACAGCAGUAUUAUGUACACUAUCUUCAGCGAAAUUAUUCUCUCGGAUCUUUCAACUUAUUGGGGCAUACUGCUCCAGCACAGGCAGCAUCCCUGCUAGUAUUAGGGCCAUUUCUUGACUACCAGUUGACUGGUAAAAAGGUUUAUGCAUAUGACUCUAGUCUCGCGUCUACGUUAUUCAUAAUUCUCUCUUGCACUAUCGCGGUAGGGACCAAUCUGAGUCAAUUCAUCUGCAUAGGCAGAUUUACAGCUGUGUCGUUCCAGGUGCUUGGACAUAUGAAGACCAUUCUUGUUUUGAUUUUAGGUUUCAUUUUAUUUGGUAAAGAGGGUCUCAAUUUACAUGUAAUUACGGGUAUGAUCGUUGCCGUUGUUGGAAUGGUCUGGUAUGGCAAUGCCUCCUCUAUGCCGGGUGGGAAGGAACGCCGUAGCCAUUCUUCUCUAAUCAACAAAUCCCCCAAACACGGCAGCUCGACAGAAUCCUCCGAUAUGGAUGAUAAGGUCUAGAUUUCACUAAAAAACUCUACAUUCCACUACUCAAAGAAAAGAAUGUUGGUGAAAGGAAUAGGAUCCUCUCCAGUUCAUUUGAACGAGAGAGUAUUCAGUUAGUUAUAUUUGAGGAAUAUUUUUGUCUUUUCACUUUUUGGGGGAACAAAAAUACUUUUCUAAUAUAACUAACUGAAUAUUUUUAGAUUUAAAUGAACUAAAAAUGAUCCUAAUUUGUAUUGAAAGGGUGCACUGUCCCCAUUAAAAUUACAUUAAUUGUUUCACAGAUGAUGUCCAUUGUAAUUUAUUUCCUUGAUAAUUUUCAAGCCAUCUGCUCUCUCUUCUUUUC